GUCGCGUGGUUGUUGAGAAUUUUCUACUUUUCCUUUCCUUCAUUUUAUUGUCAUUUGGCCGACACCACGUUCACCUUUCCUUUUUCUAUUCUUCUGCUUCGUUUCUCCAGAAAUCUCCUCCUUGGAGGAACCCAUGUGCCCUCUCAGGUUCAUCUUGGUCUUCUUCUCCGCCGUGCUAGCCGGUUAUUUUGCCUGGAGGACGGUGCGUUCGCCGCCGGACCCUCACAUCGCUUCCGAUGACUCCAGUCUUGAAGACAAAUCUCCCGGGAACAAUGAUUUCAAUUUGAAAGAGACGAUUCAGAACGGAUUCUGGGUAUUCGUCGACAUGGCCAGCGGAAGGUAUCUCUGGAGAAAUCUGAGGGAUUUGAGCAGAGACACGGAACACAUUAAGAGCUCUUAGGGCUUAGUGUCCCCAUUAAUAAUCGUCUUGCCCAAAACAUGUACAAUCUUAUCUUCCUUCUUUUCUUGAAUAUUUUUCGGAGAUAGGUGACUGUAUUUGAUAUAUGGAAAGGGAAGAGGAGGAUCUUUGGUGUGUAAGUGUAUAAUUCAGUUUUCUGAGAUUUGUCAAUGUUAA